AUUGUUACGCGCGAUAAUUUAAACAUUUCAUUAGUGGAGUGAAUUUCAGUUGACCAUUAUUUUAUUAUUAAAAUCCUAAUAACUGAUUCACGAUGGAGGAUAAGAAGAAACGUGGAUCUAAUUAUACACCUGCUGAGAAAGAUAUGCUCUUGGAAGUGAUAAAAAAAUAUCAAAAUAUUAUUGAGAACAAAGAGACCAACGCUCACAUGAUACUGAAGAAGCGAGAGGCUUGGGAAACAGUAUGCCAGCAGUAUAAUACUGUUGCUGUGAGUGGCUCCAGAACCUGGCAACAGCUACGUCACCUCUAUGAGAACCUCAAACAGAGGUCUAAAAAGAACAUAGCUAAGGCAAAUCGGCUUCAGUACUAUGAGACCACUGACAGCAUGAGAGAUGUGAAAACAAAGGCAUCAUUAGAUAAGAAAGAAAUUAAUCGUACUGGUGGUGGAGCAUACAAAAGUGUAUUGACAGAACAAGAUGCACAAAUUCUAGCCAUGGUUGCUCCUCAAAUUCAACCAUUACCUAAUCCCUAUGAUGAUGCUGCAGCAUAUUUUGGAGAUACAGAACCAGAAGUAACAAUAGACAGUUAUACGAAAAAAACUGAUAGCGGAAUUAAAUCCUCUUCUGAAGUAGAAAUAAUCCAAAUCUUGGAUGACCAAUACAUAGCCAUGGCAAACAAGAAUACAGCAGAAAAUAACAAACCUUGUACAGUUACAUCAAUAAAUACAGCUGAUGACCAACAAGCUGCAACAAUCAUCAUACCCCAAGAAAAAAGCAUGCAUCCAACAUCAUCCUCAGCUGGACAAUUGAAGACAUUGAAACCUACACAUACUACAGUGAAACAGCAAUAUUUUCGGACAAAACUUAGAAAUGCCAAAUUAGAAACCAAACACCUCAUGAACAAGAGCAAAAUGAAAAUGAAUCUGUACAAAAUAAAAAUGCAGUUUUGGAAAUUGAGACUACAGAAACUAAAAUCUAAAUCUUAAUAAACCUAUAUUUAAGUGGAAAAAUGUGUAUUUAUUAAAUUGGUCCUUACUAUGAA